AUGGCUGAUCCUGGAAACAGAGGAGGGAUCUACCGCCCCUUGAGCCUCACCUGCUCCCUGCUCAUUGUUGGAAUGUGCUGUGUGUCUCCUUUCUCCUGCCACAGCCAGAUAGACCUGCUGGCUCUUAACCAAGCUGAUCCUCAGUGCUGGGAGUCUUCCUCAAUUAUCCUCCUGGAAAUGCGGAAGCCUCGAAUUUCCAACACUGUGUCAGGUUUCUGGGAUUUCAUGAUCUACCUGAAGUCAUCUGGGAACUUGAAGCAUGGGGCACUGUUUUGGGAUCUGGCCCAACUCUUCUGGGACAUCUAUGUGGACUGUGUGCUAUCCAGGAACCAUGGCUUAGGAAGGAGGCAAUUGGCUGGAGAAGAAGAGAAGAUCUCAGCAGGGCAUCCACAGCACAUGAGGGAAAAACAAGGUGCAUAUUCUCAGCAACUCAGAAUCCUUUCCCUGAAGAAGAAAAAGGUGAUUGAAGAUUUGCUAAGUGUGCGCAUGCGCAGCAGUGGGGCUACGCUCGCUGGAAAAGCAAGCAGAGGCCCAGAAAUAAAGAGAAAAUAA